GUCAGCUGAUUGUCAAAGAACGCGGUCGAUGUGUUUGUGUGUUAUUAGCGGCUUUAUAAUCAGGAAAAUAAGCGGAUUUCAGAAUGGCCACAGCUUCGGUCCCAAAUACGACAGAGAUUUGGAGCGAAAGUAUCGAGAGCCUCGAAGGCAGGAUGUCACUUCUUUCUUCCAAUGAAUUCCUCUCGGACAUGGUUUUCUUGGUCGGCAGGGAGAAGUGCCGAAUUCCUGGUCACAAGCUCAUAUUGAGUACGUGCAGUUGGGUGUUCUACAACGUCUUCAACAACCUGAAGCUCGACAAGGACGAAUUGGUGAUCGAAGACGUUUCUCAAGACGCUUUCUUGGGCUUCCUGAAGUAUUGCUACACCCAAAAGGUUUCUCUGGACGCUGGGAAUGUCUUCGACAUCUUCAAGUUGGCCCAGAGAUUCGAGAUGAAGCAUCUGCAGAAAGUCUGCGAAGAGCAUCUCAUCACAAACAUGACCAAGAAGACGUGCGUUGAGCUAUACAGCAAAAUAAUGCCGCUGAUGACGGAUUCCAAAUCAGUUCUUAAGCUGAGAGUUUUGUCUCUCAUCGCACACAACUUCUCACUCCUCCUCCAAGAUCGGGAGGUCAUGAAGGUCUUCACUGAACUUCCUGUGGAAGCUCUGAUGCCGAUUGUGAGGCUGGAAAGUCUGCAGUGCGACGAAAUGGAACUCUUCGAUGCGCUGAUGAAGUGGGCGACAAACGCUUGCCGAAAGGCGAAGAUUCCUCCCGUGCCAAGGAAUUUGCGCACAAUAUUGGGCGAUGUGUUUUACAUGAUCAGCUUCCCGGCCAUGAAGAUUGAGUGGUUCCUGGAAAUCCUGGCCAAAUAUCCGGAAAUGCUCACACCAAACGAAAUCUCAAACAUUUCCCUCACAAUCAGAGGAGACGUGAAAUCCUGUGCUAAAUUCAAUCACAGUCUGAGGCUGAAUGACUUCGUGAGCAAUGCGACAAACCUGGAAAUCCCUGACGGACAGUUGCUUCCGUGUUGUUCCUCUAGUCCUGAAAUAUUGGAAUUCCCAGCUCUGGAAUUGAAGACUGUUUUCAAGACUGCGCGCGUGCAAUCCUUGCUCGGAUUCGCCUUCAUCGCUCGCAAGGGUCAAGAGGCGAAGAUCACAUCCUGCUCACUCAGGCAGAUCAAUACCAAAGCUAAUGGAUCCGCGUUGCUCUUUGGCUCUGACGUCCCUUCGACGUCCAGGCAUGUGCCAACAUCGAUCGUGCGAAGGAGCAAAUUGAAUUGGGACUUUGACUUGGUGAUUGUGCGCAUGAUACCAAUUGAACCCGUGCCAGGAAGAUCACUGAGCCCAUCAGAAUGGCACGAAUUAUUAUGCACUUUUGACGCAAGUGUGCCUCACUUGAGAAAUACAGAAUUCUCUGAACUCAAAUCUGCAUGUCCAAUGGAGAUACAACAUCUUCAAAUCAAAAAAACCAAGACUGCCACUAUUCCGUUCCUUGUCUUCGCACACUGAUUUGACGUUCUGAGCUCAUAAGAAAAACUGAUUCACUUUCAGUGCCACUCUCUAUUGACAUGAAAUAAACCCACGAAUUGCUGUUAAUUAUAUUCAAUAUGAGGAAUUACCGACUAAAGAAAUUUUCAAGAUGUGCCUCAAAUUCAGUAAAAUGCUUGUAUGAAAACAUUUGUAACUGAGAAUUCGUUCAAUAUUACUAAUUUGUUUUGUAAAUUUAUAAUAAAUUGAAUUGAACUCAUUAAA